GUAGACAGACGCACAAUGCCCCUAGGGAGGCAAUUCCAGGAUUUUGACCAAGUCAGGAUGAUCUUUUCUGCACGGUCAACCCAGUUUCUGCACUGUCCUGGGGUUAGAUUAAUGGCAGCUGAUAAAGAACUCCUCCUGAAACUCCGGAAAAAUACAGGAUACUCGUUUACGAAUUGUAAGAAAGCCUUAGAGAAGUUUAGCAGCGACCUUCAGCAGGCUGAAGCCUGGCUGCACAGACAGGCCCAUAAGGAAGGAUGGAGUAAAGCUUCUAAACUCCAAGGUCGUAAAACAAACGAGGGCCUCAUUGGACUGCUGCAAGAUGGAAACUCAGCUGUUCUGGUGGAGGUGAAUUGUGAAACAGAUUUUGUUGCCCGGAAUGUCAAAUUCCAGCAGCUAGUGCAUCAAGCAGCCAUUGCCACAAUGGCACACUGUCACUCCAAGCACGCAAACGCCAUCAAUUACAACAAGAAUUCCCUUACGACUGAAGAAAUAACACAAUUGAAAACCAGUUUAGACAGUCGUCCCAUUGCUGACCAGCUUGCCCUGGCUAUUGGUAACCUUGGUGAGAAUAUGACUAUAAGAAGAGCUUCCUGGGUGGCCGUGCCAACUGAUUGCUAUAUUGGCACAUAUGUUCAUGGAAUGUUGCCAGUGGACAACCCGACCAUCACAAAGAUGACAUUUGGAAAAUAUGGUGCGCUAGUGAUUUGUAAGCCCAUGGAACAGAAUUCAAAUGUAAACCUGUCUGAGCUGGGCCGAAAGUUAGGACAGCACAUUGUGGGAAUGAUGCCACUAUCUGUAGGCUCGAUGGAGGACCCACCUGGUGAUGACACAGAGACCAAGAUGCUGGCACAGCCUUUUCUGCUGGACCCGGGCACAACUGUAGGGCAGUUCCUGCAUACAAGGGGGGUGUCAGUGUUGGACUUUGUCCGAUACGAAUGUGGUGAGGUAACAGAGUUGGCAGAGAAAGUAUAGUUGGAAUGCUUUAGUGCAUCCAAAGGAAUAUACACCAUUUUUCAUUGUGAAAAUCUCUUUACUGAUAUCAGAAUAAAAUAAUGAUCUCCAACACAUUGAA